GGCGCUUAGCUCGCCAUCUAGCUAGAAUGUCUUGGCGAGGCCAGCACAAUGACGUGUAAUACAUGUUUUUGGAUCGUUAUUUUGAGACUUAGUGGGUAUUUAGGGGUACGCAAAGUGUUAAUUCCAACCUAUGCGGAAAUUCGGGUGACGUCGCCAGUGUAGGAACGGUACUCGUUCGUAGCCCGGGGAUUACCAGUAUUAGUCUCAAUUCAUCCAAGUUUAUUCGGAUACGUUAUUAACAGGCAACUGCAUGUAAUGUGAGGAAAUGGGACUUGUACCGCCAUCUAGUGUCCCCUCGUAUGACUAUCGCGGUCAAAAUGGCAUUCAACGAAUAUCAAUAGAAUAAGACCCCUCUCGAAAAUGCCGCACGGCUGGAGCCGUCAAGCUCGUCGCUUGCACUUUGAACGAUACCAGCUGCUCGGACAAACUUCCUCGUCUCUUUAGCUCAACCGCAUUAGCUUAACUUGAGCUCACCUUGUUCGAUCGAGUGCGGCGCGUCCAUGUAGACAAAGUCGACUUUUUUCUUGAGGAGCUUUCUGAGGGCGCCCGUCUUCUCCCGGAACGAGGCGCCGUUCUGCCGGUAGCCGUGAAGGCACAAGACCCGCAGCGGCGCCAUGGCCGGUGUUCCGCUUACUGCUAACUACAAGCUGCUAGCCACUGGCUGCAAGUGCAGCCGGAAGUUACCUUCCUUUUCACGUAUCCGCGCUUGACUUGACUCCUCAUUACUUAUAUUUCCUACAGUUGAAAAUGGACAGGGAGGCGCCUUAAUACGAGAGUUUGCGUCAGUGAUUAAAAAAAAAUAAAAUAAAAAUGCCAUUAUUUUGGACGUCAACGAGUCUAGCUUUCCGGUUUCCUGCGCGCGUGCUGCAGUUCUCCGCGUGAGCACAAGAGGGCACCGAUCGCCCGCCUGCUCGUCGCAGCUGACCACCCCCUUCUGUAGUCUCCGACGGGUCCGUUGAGUGUUUGUUGAAAGUUGCGGCUGGUACCGAACGCGGUCAAGAUGUUCCGGAAGCCCGUUCGGCGGGUUUAGGGCGAGCCGGACGUGCGAGUCUGCCCGGGAGUCCCGCCUCGGCUGGGUAGAUCGAUCGGCGACCCCCGACUCGAGCCUCUAAAGUGCGUGCGGACGGACGUGACGGCAAAGUUGGAGCCGUCCUGCUGACUUUGGACCGACUUCUCGCGUCCCGAGCGACAUUUGACUAGGCUCUUUGACCCGCCGCCGUUAACAUUGGUUUUCAGAUGCCAGCGUCCUUACGGAUUUGGACUGACGCUCGGAAGCGUCGUCGGAUCGGAACCGGGUCGCCGUUGUUGUUGUUAUUUUUGGGGACGGAGGGCGAUGCGGUAGGAACGAGGCUCGAUCGUUGGCUUUUGGCGAGCGUCGGAGCGAGGCCCGCCGGUCGGGCUUCUAGCGGCCUCGAGUAGAGCUCGCGCGGCCGCCGGGGAGGCACGACGGACGGGCUCCCGGCGCCGCGCCGCGCCGCGCCCUCCCACUCUCCUCUUUGGGCCCCGGCCGGGCGAAUCGCCAGAUGGAGCGGAUGGAGGUGGACCAGUGCGCAGGCUCGUCCGCCGGGCCUUUACGGAGGUCCAUCAGCGCCCCCAUGAUUACGAGUGUCAGCGAGCGGAGCAGCGAGUGCAGUCCCGUCUACCCACUGCGCCAAAGACGAGUGUCCGUCAACUGCAACCGUCAGCCCCAGGACGACGACAUGGAGGCGUCGCCGGCGGGGAGCGGCGCGCACAGACUCAGGUGGGCGCCCCCUAGCUCCGCCCCCUUUCUGGACGUCCCGGCUUUCGCUCGCCCUCUGCGUUCCGGCGACCUCGCGAGCGGCCGGUGGCAGCGACGUCCUUUCCAGCGGUCGGGCUCGCGGGAGAGCGGAAUCACGCCCAACUCCUCGCCCGGUCUCACCAGGAGGUUCAGAGCCGCCGACGUCGGAUGGCCCGCGUCGACGCCGCUCAAGCGGAAAGGAGGGGCGGAGACGGACGGUCCGCCAAAGAAGCUUUUUGUGACCGGGGUGUCGGACCCCGCCGGCCAAAGUAGCUACGCGCUCAGCGCUUCGGCGGCAGACUCGGCCCGCGGAGGAAUCGCCGUCCAUCCGUCGUCGCCGUUCGCCGGGUUGACCCCGCCUCCUCUCGGACCGCCGCAAUGAAGUGGGCGGAGCCUACCCGGACCCGGCCGGCGGCCGUCUGCGGCGGGCUCGCCGACGUUUCCGGCUAGAAUUCCUGAUGCGCGGAACGUCGGCGGAUGCUCUGCGUCGCCGCUGACAAAAUAUUGACAUUGAGCACACGGCGACCACUUUUGACAGUGAAACGACGGAGAGGCGUCGACCAGCUUCCUACUGGUAAAACGGCUUUAUUUUCACAAAGGACCAUUGGUGGCCGUUGCCGUCCGAGAAGGAAGGAAGGAAGACUUGUACUCUCGCUUAGCGUGCGGCUAAUUCGGAUUUCUGGGAACUUGUGUCGACGCCGGCCGGCUACCAAGGUUUUCCGCCCAAAGACCGUCGCUUUCUCCGCCGGAGGGCGACGACUUUGCGUACGUAACGAGUGACUCGAUUGAGCGCGAGAAGAGGGGGUGGGGAGGAAAAAUGGAAAGAAAAAACGCUUUGUGAGAAAUGAACUUUUUAUGGAAGCUUUUGAAAAUAAAAUCAGGUAAAGGUGGUGGAUGACUCGGUCCUCACGCGAGCCCACGGACCCGUCGUAGGGCGAUCAGCGAGAGAGCAGCGGGAGGUCUCCCGGGCUCAUGAUGAGACUGGGGUCCAGGUUGAGGUUCUCUGAAGACAAAGGUCAGCAGUUAGAAGGAGUCCGCCGGCGGGUGGCUCACUCGGCGCUCACCUUGGUCAAAGUUGAGCUUCUUCCCCAGUCCGUCCAUGUCCACCAGGUCGCUGUUGACGUCCGAGUCGUUGAGCGCGCUCAGCGUCACGUCUGGAGCCGCGACGGGUUAGAGCUUAGAUGCACGAAGAGGAGUUUUGACCGUCUCCCGGCAAAACCAUCCUCGCUAUCGACUCGGCGGCCGCCGUCGAUCCGUCCGACGCGGGAGGGCCGACGACGUUCUUGGGCCGCCGCUCUUCCGCUUCGUACGGAUCGGACGGCGACGAGCGAUAUACUUUCCAAUUCGCCGGAGAAGCGUGUCGGGACCUUUUACGUCCCCUACUAAAAUGGCCUCGGGCGAAGUCCGAGUCGUAACUAGUUUCUAUCUCAAAAGAGGAUUUUAUCGACAUCAAAGCAUCUGUCGACGUACAUUUGAAGUAGGGCGGCGUACGGACAAAGAGAAGGAGAAAGUAGCUUUUCUCCCUACCUGCGGUCUUCUGCUUUUUGACGGGCGGCGCCGAGGAAGCGCUCUGCAUCCCGCCGGCGGCGACCGGCGCCGCGGGGGCGACGGCUUUCUUGGCGCUCUUCUUGGGCGAGUCGGCAUUGAAGGGCACCCUGCUGUCCUCGUACAACUUCCUCUUCACGGUGCUCUUGAUCUGAGCGCUGCCGGGGGGCGGUAAAGACUUUGAGAUGCCGGCUAGAUAGCGGAGUAGAAAUGAGCGCGCGUACGUACACGGUGCGAUCUUUGAUGACGCCGCUGAUACUGUUGAGGUCGUCGCCGAAUCGUCGCACGGCCAAGCGCAGCAUCUCAAUCUCCGUCUCGGUCCAUUUAGCCCUGAAGAAGACGAGCGUUUAGCGGCCCGCCUCGUCUUAGGGGUCUUUUGACUUGGGAAGUCAACGACGCUCGACGUCCGAUCGUCCCGCCGCGAAUUUAAAGGAGCUCGUCGAUCGUAGACGUCCGAUCCGUUCGAGGCGGGAAGCCCGGCGCCCAACCGACCCGCGUUCGAGGGGAUCGGACGUCGACGAGCUUCCCCUAAAUUGUCUAUCGCCGUCGGCGGAGACCGUCAAUGAGUUAACGGGCGUUUGAUUUCAAUUCCCCUUUAGUUUUGAGAACAUUUUCAAACGUAUUUGUAAAUUUGAAGAAUCUAAAAUGGUAAAGUUGCCGAAAAUAUGUGAAAACUAUGUGCCUCCCUUCAUCCAAAAACAAAAAAGGCAAACACUGAUCAAUCCAUCCGAAAUGCUUCUCCGUUUCUCUUUUUUGGGCGGUUGCCGAGCCCGGGCCUACAGCUGACAACCAAAUAGCGUACCGCACGAACGCCAUUUUUGGACCGUGACGUCGCAUCGUAAAGCGGAAGUGGGACGUUAUAGACCCGCCCUCACGUAGAAACAAUGUUAUUUAUGCUACUUUUCUCCGGGAAUCUUUCAAAAAAAUAACAUGCCGAUCAAACGCUGCUGCUAUGGAACUCGUUGAAACAACUCUAGACAUUACGACACGUGAAGGAUGUUUUCUUCAUAUGUUUCCCGAAACCAAAAACUGUGAAGAAUCAACUUGCGCAAACGUUUACCAGCUUGGUGAAGCCAGGGUGAAGCUGUUCAAAUUGCAUAUGCGGUAAACAUUUUGUUGGGUUGGCAUGCUCCUUCAGAGGACAGAGAGGUAAGCUGUUUUGAUAUUUAAACUUAUUUUUUUAGCGUGGCGUUGUGCCGUGCUGCUUCUGUCUGACUAUGAAUGACCUGAAAAGAAUUGGCAUCUGACCUCCACUGUUACCUUUUCUGUUGUAAAAAAAACCCCCACAACUUCAGUAAGAGGGAAGUGUAAAUAAAUUAUAGAAUUCAGCUUUUUUAUUCAUGAAAAAAUGUAAUGUGUUUGUUGACUGUCACUGAGUAGCAAUUGCGAUCGCUAUGCAAAAAUAUCAAUGUAAAUUGUCCAAAAGAACGGUCAGAGACGUAAGACAACCAGAGGGUAUAAGAAAAACUGGGCAUGUGGUGGUAAAGGAUAGAUUGUUGAAACAGGAUCAUGUCAUUGUCAGUCGUUUAAGAAAAUGUGUCGAUUAAAAAGCUUAGGUCGGCUGUUUUUUUUUUUUUUUCCCCAGCCCUCGACACUCUUUAACUGAACAUUUGUAUGUUCUUCCACAUCUUUACCAGUGAAUUUGGCACCAUCCUUUUCGGACCGAAUUGGUAGGUUUAGCUCAGGGGUUCCCAAACGUUUCCACAUCGGGCCGCUGUGGGUGCUGGAUUUUUUUCCAACAAAACAGGACGACACGUGUACCAAUCUGGUGUUUUCCCAGUGUAAUCAGUUGAUUGUAGUCAGGUGCUGCUUGUUUUAGCCGAAACCUCAUUGGUUAAACGGUCUGUGCUCGAUCGGUAAGAACAAAAACCAGGACCCACAGGGGUUUUUGAGGAACCACUAGUUAGCUUUAGCUCUGUAAACAUCUCCUUCGUACACGUUUUAAUUUGAUUUCCUACUGGGGGGCAAAUGGUCACGUGUCCCCCCACCCCUUAGCAACAGUAGCUACCGUCAUGAAUAUUAAUGAGCGGAAGUGACUUGUAGCGUGCGGUACGCCAUUGAUCUUGGCUCACCCGGCGGGGCUGCUGUCCGACACCGGGUGCAGCUGCAUAGUCAGCUCGCCCAGUUUGCUGAAAGCCGCGCCGGCCGCCGAGAAGAUCUCGCCCACCUGUUAAAUAACGCCGGCCGGGCCGGGCCGGGCCGGGCAGUUAUCUAUCGAGCCUCACCCUUCCAUUUUCGACGUCGUCGUUUACCUUAGCGGAAGCUGACGUCAUGUCGAAAGGGCUCCCGUUUGUGCUCGUUGACAACAAAAAGCCCGGUGUGGCUAACACAGCUGGCCUAGGUGGUGCUAGCCGGCGUUAGCAGUUUGUUGUUAGCCGACCGGUUUCCAUCGAUAGGAGCGUUGCAGAAAACUCCAAGUUGACUUAGUACCUUGAGCUGAGCGAAAAGACUCCCCACGAAUACAAUCCAAAGUCAAAAACAAA